AUGCGCGGAAUGCGAACCGCCAGUGUUGUCGAGGCGAAGUGCUACACGAAGGCGAGAUAUUCUUGUUUUUUUGGCCGCGGGUGGUUGAAAAUCACGAGGAAAACGGCGAUGGGUGUACAUUUCGGGCAAGAAUCGGCCUCGUAGUGACCCCAAGGGGAACCGCGCGUGCCUCUUGUCGCAACAACGGAACACAUGUGUCGGCCGAACCAACUUUUUCGAUUCAAGUGCCGUGCCCGCUGCCUGAAAAUUCAGCAUUCGGGACAUCCUGUCAGCCAAAUCUUUCGCAGAUGAAAGUCACCUAACUGCCGUUUUACAUUUCCAAACCCCAAACUCAACAGCCGAAACCUCUGCCACACGAUGCGCCUGUUUUCCUCUUUUUCCCAUCCUAAUUAGAGAGACAGUGCGUGGGUGGGUGGCCGUCCUACAAGAAACUGAACCACUCGUUUGUCGGUUCUCGCUUCAGAAUAUCGUAUUCAUUCGCCCAAAAGAUCCAUGAUCCAACCUAGUCGCCUUGGUGCAAAUUUCUGCCAGGUUAUCGCUCCGAUCUCGAUCUGACAACAUUAACACCCGAAAUCUGCAUCCCUAUUCCGGCAACGGAUGAUUUCAACUGCACAUUACAAACUCUUCCAUCAUCUUCCGAUCUCAGAAUUUUUACACACCAAUCUACGAUUCUUAAGCAGAAUUCACCAAUUUAUAGACUGAAUUUACCAAUUUAUAAUCAAAAGUUCUUCUUUUGUGACUCCAGUAUUUGGAGUUGAUUGGAGAGGUAUAAGAUGCUUUCGUGGGCUGGUACAGUCAGUUCGCUGUAAAUUUUGGAUCUUUAAAUUUUGCUCGGUUUCAUCGGAAAGAGGCCGAAGCAUGAGAAGUUAAGCCUUGGAGAAUGGGUUGCAGUAGGGUGUCAGUAUGCGUGAGAAGUCAGAAUGUCAAACUCACGCGGGUCACGUGAGGGGCACGACAGAAAUGUGCUCACGUGAUCCUCCCGUUCUGCACCCAGCCCUUGCCAAGGCCAAUGGUAAAAACUCCAGUCCCCAGCCGGCUCACCACAACGAUUUACGCACUGAGAAUAACGUGCUCCCGACACCUGGUGGAAGACUGAAGUUUUUUAAGGAUGGAAAAUUUAUUCUGGAGUUGUCACACCGCAGGGACGGCGAACGCACUACCUGGUUUCCUGUGCCCAAAAAGACAUUCUGGCCUCCCGCUAGCACCACACCAAACAGACAGGAGAGUUCCACAUCUCUCAGCGUUUCAGACGAUAAUUCGUCAGUGCAAUCGAGUCCAUGGCAGAGGGACCACUGUUGGAAGCAAACACAUCCAAGGCGUAACGUAUCCAUCGAAUUCAACUUCUACUAUCGUAGACAUCCUCGGAACCGCCUUUGCGCGCAUCCACGGCUGGUGUCGAGAAAACGAAGGCAACCAUUCGACCCUGGUACAUUGCAGCUGGGAUCGGAAACGGCCUCUGGUUUCUCCAAAUCAGCGUCACGGAAAACAAAUGGCGCGGCACCGGGCAAGGGCCUGAGUCUCAUAAUCGAGAAACUUUCACGGCUUUUAGAUCCAAAUGUCGUCUCUCCUCGGAAACGAAUUCUACGAGAGUUGGAGCGGGUCACGUUGGAGGACCAAGCGUCGAAGCGACGUGCCACGCCGCAACCGGUGAACACGACAACUAUUGCGCCACCAACGCAAUCUCCGAAACAGCUGUCGUCGUACAGCAUAACAAGUAUUCUAGGCGAGGACAAGCCAAACACGGAGCCGGGCUUCUUAAGGACUUUACUCAAGCCGGAGGACCGGCAAACCAUGAAAUACUCGUCGAGUCAACCCUAUCCCAGGGCUAGAAUCGACCCCUAUGUCGCAUCUGCCAACACCUCCAUUCAUCACCCGCUUUAUGGGGUCCCUAUGCUGCCACCUGGACCAUACCGAGCCCCAUUGUGGAUGCACUAUUCAUCCCCCGUCCAUUAUCCACCCCCAAUGCCACUGUACGCACCACCGCCGCCUCAUCCAGCGUCUCCGCCGGUUCACCACUACAAAGACUACAGAGAACAAACUCUCACACCUCCUUCAGAUAUGCCUCUGAACCUGUCGAAGCAUGCGGGUUGAAUCUCAGGAUCCCAAAAGUCGGUGCCUUAUCAUUGGAGAAAAACUCAAUUCGAUCACUGCCCGUGCAACGACAAUGCGAUAUAUUAGUAUUUUUUUAUCCAUAAACGUAGUAGCUACGGAUUCUCUGAAGUCCGGCUGGCUGGUAAAUUUGUAAAUACGAAUUCAUAAGAUGUCGCCGUCAGUAUAUAGAACUCAUUAUUAUUAAUAAUUAAUUCACGAAGUAGUAUUACACAUUGGGGAACGUUGGAGGUGAAAUGCAAUAUGGCGUACGUUGUGCAAAACGAACGUUUUUAUCCUACUGUUACAUAAAUAUAUAUCUGGAGUGAACCACUCUAACGAGAUUUCUCAGAUACUAGACGAAAAAGAAGUGUAUUUAACAAAGGUUUUAAUGAGGCAACAGCACACCUAUUAAUUCCGGUUUAAAGUCUUCGACCUUCCAAUCGUACGCGGCGCUAUUUUCAAAUUCUUCAGACAAAUCUUUAAUCUGCGUACUUUUCCGCUCUUCCUUUUUUUGUUUAGAGAGAUAGACGAGUCCGUUUUUCAUGUCCGUACAUCUGAUUUUACAUGCAUUAUCUUGUUAUUACUUCCUAUUAACAUUACUCUCAUUAUUAUCAUUAUAAAAUGAUAACGACUAUCCAUUUUUUUAGAGGAAAUUAUUAAGAAAGACAUAGGAUUAUGUACAGAAAGGAUAUUACCUAGGACAUUAUUAAUUAUUAUAAAAUUGUAGUACGUCGGUUAAUUUUUAAGAUUCCUGGAGUCCGUGGUGGCGCUCUAUACAUUUAUUUAUACAAUGAUGAGGAAGAAGAGAAAAUUUUAACUAAAAAAAAGUGAGAGCGUAGAGCGUGCCUUAGUUUUAAAAGGAACGACAAAAAAGAAACGAUUCGUGAACCUAAAUUGUAUACAAGUUUAUCAAAAUGUUUAUUAUUUUAUUAUUUUAUUGUCAUGUACAUAUACUCAGACGUUAAUCCGUAUUAUGUACUCGCGACAAGAAAAUUCGCACCAACAUAUAUAUUUGUCACAUUAUUUAUUGUAAACGCGAUAUAUUGUAUUCUGUCACAUUUAUUUUCGAGAAAAAAGGCAAGUUCACUCGAAAUGCUCUAUCGUUUAGACAAAGUCAUGGACUGUAUUUACACUAGCAACAUGCUUAUGAUUUCAAAAGGAGUUGAGAGUAUGCGAAUGCGCGCGAGCAAUUGUAUAGAAAGACUAAUUUCAUAAAUAUAAAUAUUUCGUAUACU